ACUGCAAAUUGUGUUAACCGGGUUUAAAUGCUCAUCUCCGGGGUAGCCUUGGGCUGAGGUUUGGGCUUUCAGCUGGAAGCUGAGCGGGAGCGCUGCUUCUCUAACCGCGGAGAAGAGCUAUCAUCCAAAACAUCUGUUGCAUUUUCACAAAGUACUUCUUUCCGGUCUUGCAGAGAGCCCUCCAGUCCGCAGCCCCCAUCAUCUGGGCCCGCCCCUCGCAACGAGAUCGCGGGGAGGGGCCGAGGCGAAACCGGAGCCCAGCGCCCACCACCCUGGCUGGCGACGUGGCUCCGCGGCCCCGGCCUCCCCCGGCGGCGCCGUGGCCAAUGGGCGCGUGAGUGGGGCGGCCCGAGCCUCCCGGAGCCAGCCGGGCGCGCCCCUCGCUGGGGAGGGGACAGCGGCUGCGGCGCUACGAGCCCCCACUGCCCGGCAGCCUCCCUUUGCUCGCGACUAUGGCGCGCGGUGGCCGCCUGGGACUCGCCCUGGGGCUGCUGCUGGCACUGGUGCUGGCGCUGCGGGCCAAGCCCACGGUGCGCAAGGAGCGCGUGGUUCGGCCCGAUUCAGAGCUGGGCGAGCGGCCGCCCGAGGACAACCAGAGCUUCCAGUACGAUCAUGAGGCCUUCCUAGGCAAGGAGGAUUCCAAGACCUUCGAUCAGCUAAGCCCGGACGAGAGCAAGGAGAGGCUGGGGAAAAUUGUUGAUCGAAUCGACAGUGAUGGAGACGGCCUUGUUACUACUGAGGAGCUGAAAGUUUGGAUCAAACGGGUACAGAAAAGAUACAUCUACGAUAAUGUGGCUAAAGUCUGGAAGGAUUAUGAUAGGGACAAAGACGAAAAGAUCUCCUGGGAAGAAUACAAGCAGGCCACCUAUGGCUACUACCUGGGAAACCCUGCUGAAUUCCAAGAUAGCUCUGAUCAUCACACCUUUAAAAAGAUGCUGCCACGGGAUGAGAGGAGGUUUAAGGCUUCAGACCUCGAUGGCGACCUGACAGCUACUCGGGAGGAGUUCACUGCCUUUCUGCACCCAGAGGAGUUUGAACAUAUGAAGGAGAUUGUAGUUCUGGAAACCCUGGAGGAUAUCGACAAGAACGGGGAUGGUUUUGUGGACCAGGAUGAGUACAUUGCGGACAUGUUUUCUCACGAGGACAAUGGCCCUGAGCCAGACUGGGUUUUGUCUGAACGGGAGCAGUUCAAUGAUUUCCGAGAUCUGAACAAGGACGGGAAGCUGGACAAGGAUGAGAUUCGCCACUGGAUCCUCCCUCAGGACUACGACCAUGCACAGGCCGAGGCCCGGCAUCUGGUGUAUGAGUCAGACAAAAACAAGGAUGAGAUGCUAACCAAGGAGGAGAUUCUAGACAACUGGAACAUGUUUGUGGGAAGCCAAGCCACCAAUUACGGGGAAGAUCUGACCAAAAAUCAUGAUGAACUUUGAAGGACACUCAUCCUCAUGUGGCCAACGGCCUCCGGCUUUCUGCGAUGUUCUGGGUGAUUGCUAUAGGUGUCAAGUGUAUAGCAGUUGUGUCCCUCAACAAUGCUAUUAUACCUCAGAUUGGGGUAGAAAUUAUUUUUCACUCCAUAUUUACUGGAAAAUAACCAUCACUAUUUAUUCCAGUAGGAUUUUUCCUGAAGCACAUUAAACUCUUGGCAAAUUGCAGUUCUCUGAGGGGAUACAUUGCUACAGCAUGAUUUUCUAGACUCCUCCUCUACUUAAUUAAUUAAUGGGCAAGAAAUCAUGAAAGGGUUCUGUAGCUCAAGGUGGGUGGGUGGGUGGGACACUGCACAGAAUAAUCACUAUGUGUUUGAACUAUUAAAUUUUGGGUUUUUUUAGUUGCCACUGUUAAAUGGUGGUGAAGGUAAGGCUUGGAGGAGUCAAUAUUGUAUUUUCCUAGGUCAGCCAACCUUGGAAUAGGCAUGGUAUUUCUAACUCUUUAUAUUUGGAGCUGUUAUCAUAAAUGGUAUAUAAACUUUUGUGUGUUUUCCUUAUGGGCCUGCUAAUGUGCACAGUAAACCCACAUCUUUGGGGUUUUGUUUUGCUUUGUUUUUAAUACUAAGAAGCAAUCAAAAAAAAAAAAGAUAAUGUGAACAAGAAAGAAAUGUUAGGAUUAGGAAAAAAGAUGAAUGCCAGGUAUUUGAAAAACUGUAUGACCAUGGUCAACACUUUAAUAUACUUGAGAAAUUUUUUUACAUGUUAAUGAACCGGGUCUGUUUUUUUAAAAAAUAGUGAAUAGAAAUGCAGUCCCUUCCUGGCUGUGAGGCUAGGGAUCCAGAUGUAGUGGAAUUUAUUAUUUGUUGAGUCCUGAACCUUUGAGCCUGCUUCUAGCACAGCUUAUGCCAAGGAGACAGGGCAAGGUGAUAGCUAAGCCAUUGACCAAACUAUCUGGAGGAAUAAUUACAGGUGCAAUUCCACCUUGUAAAUGGGAGGAGAAGAAUAAAGGAUGUCUUUGCGGAUUUCCCCAUGUGUCUUGUGUUUGAUUUCAUAGAAAGCGUGCUUUCUUUGUUCCUCUGGGAUUAAACGUUCAACAGGGUCCGUGGUCUAGAUCAAAAUGGACUCAGUAUUUACUAGCAAGUUCAGAAUCUAUCAGUAGCUGCUGAUUUCAUCCCUCUGUACUUCGUGUCCGUCUCUGCAGUUAGGGAACCCAGUGUCAUUUCCACAGUAGAAUCCGUCCUGAGACAAAAUCCAGAUCUUGGUAUUGCCUGUGGGGCCUGCCGAACAGAUCUGGUCCUGCUUCCCUUCUGAGAACUGCCUCUUUCUUUAGUCUUCUUUUUUCUCCCCCUUUCCCCACCCUUUUACCCCAUCCUCCACCCUCACUGAUUUUGUUGCUUAGAUGAACUCCCUGGGUGAGAAAUGAACAAAGCCCUAAACAGCGCCAGCCAGCGUAGUUCAGGCUGGGGAAGUAGAGAGCUUCCUGAGCUUGUGUAUAGAGCGUGAGUGACGGUAUACUGACAAGAACAUGGUUGAUCCAUCCCAAAGCAGCCAUGCAACAAAGUCUUUACCCAGCGUGGACUGUGUGGCUUCCUCACAUCCAGAGACCAAGCCCCAAGGCCACACACUGUAUUGCCUGGUUCUGUGUGUCA